CGAUUCAAUCUUUAAAAAAUGUUUGUUUUACAAAAACAGCAAAUAAAGUGUUGCAUUCAAAUCCAGUUCGUCAUCGCUGUUUUGGCGUGUCUUUUGUGUGUUAUUUUUGUCAAGGUUUGCUGACACGUACCGUCAGACGGGGAAUUCGAGCACCAUGCGUCCACCAUGUCGGACGAAGUUACGUUCGACUACGUCAAAAGCUUAGAAAACGACAAAAAUGUCUUGUUGAUCGACGUUCGGGAGCCCUCUGAGUUGGAAAAGACUGGGAGAAUACCUGGAAGCAUCAACAUUCCUUUGGCUACUCUUGAGGACACUUUGCAAAAUUGGAGUGAAGAGGAUUUUCGAGAAAAGUUCCAACGAGAGAAGCCGAAUUCGGAGACUGCGAUGGUUUUUAGUUGUCAUAUGGGGCGCAGGAGUCAGGCGGCUCUAGAUGCAGCCAAGAAAAUGGGAUUUAUACAUGCCAAACACUUCCCAGGUGGUUGGGCUGGAUGGGAACAAGAAACAAAAAAUGCGAGUUAAUUUUUAUGAUAAGUGUUAUUGUUGUUUAGAGUUUAUGAGCUAAAGUGUAGGAAAGUAUGACCAAUAAAGUGUGUUAUUUAAUUUGUGGAUUA